GCUUGUACACCUGUUACAAAAUGGCUGCCGGUUUUCUAGGGUGAAUGUUCGUAUGUUUGCAAAGGUUAAAGUUGAUUUUGAUUUCACUUAUCGGAACUUGACAAUUGCGUUUGAUUCACAUGGAUCUAGGAAGCAGACGCAAAAGUUCCGACAAGAGCUUCGACACUGACGACGACUCCGAUUAUGCCAUGAUAAAGCGUAUCAAGAUGGAACCCGAAGCUAUAUUGUCGCAAGAAGAUGAUAUAAUGGCACAGUUGCAACAGGAAAGCUCAGAUUUAGAAGUAGAGCCCAGUUUCGCGUUAGAAGGGGCCGCAAACGGAGAUGAUUGCAACGAAGGUGUUUUGAUACAACACAUGGACAUAAGGGAGCCUUUAUCUACACUACGAAAUUUAUUGGAACAAAGACUAGGAGUUGAACUGACCGAUUACUCCUUUUGGUUGCAAGACGCGCAAAUGCUAGAGAGUCAUAAGAAUCUGGUGGAUCAGUGUGUACAAGGAGAAGGACUGGUCCAAGUAAACGUUCAGAUAAAAGCAGCUCAAAGACGUAUCAAUAUAGUCGAUGUUCUCAAGCCUGCGGAAGAUUACAUAGAAUUAGCAGAAAAUACCACUGCCGCACCAGCUAACGAAGAUAAACGAAACGUCAUACGAUGGAUGGUGGAUCCGCAAUACAAAAAAGAGCAGGAGCGUUUAAAAAUCCCAGCCGAUCCAAAAGAUUGGACGCAGACCCAUGUAAAACAUUGGCUUCAGUGGGCCGUCAGACAGUUUAAUUUGGCUUCUGUAAGAUUAGCAGACUGGAAUAUCACAGGGCAGCAAUUGUGUAAUCUCACGCUCGAGGAGUUCCAGGCUAAAGUACCGCUCGAUCCAGGAGAGGUGUUUUGGACUCAUUUAGAAUUACUUCGGAAAUGUAAAUUCGUCGCUGUUGUGCAAAAGGAUCCUCCGGAAUCGCCCACGGAAAACAGCAUGGACAGAUCCAUGAAGGUUCGAAAUCAAAGAACUGCGAAACCUAGACAACAGGUGAACCAGCAGGCACGAGUAGUCAGUGUACCUCUCGAAAACAUCGACACUACACCGAUCACUAUAGCAACUUCCAGUCGUGCCGUUAACAGCGGUCAAAUACAACUAUGGCAAUUUUUGUUGGAACUGUUAACUGAUCGGGAACACAGAGGAGCCAUUCAAUGGGUGGGAGCAGAGGGUGAAUUCAAAUUAAAUCAACCAGAAGCUGUUGCACAGCUCUGGGGAGCGCGAAAGAAUAAACCUUCUAUGAACUACGAGAAACUGAGCCGGGCGUUGCGUUAUUAUUACGACGGGGAUAUGAUUUCGAAAGUUCACGGGAAAAGAUUUGUGUACAAAUUCGUGUGUGAUCUUAAGCAAGUCCUGGGCUAUUCGGCAGCCGAGUUAAGUCGACUGGUAGAAGAGGGUAGAAGAUACUUUUGAUCGAAUAUUUUUCUAUUACUGCGACGACCUUUACCCAACUUCCAGAGUAUUUUGCAUCAACCGUUGUAUAUAUAUGCAGAGUUACAAUAUUCGGUUAUUGUUGAGACAAUCAAGUUGUACAUCGAAGUAUAAAGAUUAAUAAAAAAAGGAUGAAAUUA